AUGGGCAAGGAGCUCCAGGACCGGGUACAAGGCCUAGACUCAGAGCUGCUGCAGACCCACACAGAGCUGCAGAUGGAAAGGAGCGAGAAGAGUCACAUGAGCCAUACCAUUCAGCAGCUGCAAGGUCGGUGUUCAGGGCUGGAGGAGGAGCUGAAGGAGGUGAAGGUCUGCGUCUCCACAGCCUGGAGCGAGAAAAAGCAGCUGCAGGAGAAACUCAACCAUCUGGAGAAGGAGAAGAGUAACCAGGAGAUUGAGCUGACCUUUCAGCUGAAGCAGCUCACCCAGAGCCUGGAGCUGGAGGAAGCAGAUCACCGAGCCACCAAAGCCAAACUGGACGACACGAGUCUGCAGGAGGCCACCAGCCAGGCACAGAGGGAGCUGGAGCGGACUCUUCAAGAGGAGCGAGCUGUCAAGGCUCAGCUGGAGACACGGCUGUUGCAGAAGGAGAAGGACCACUCCAUGUUGGACUGUGACUUCAAACAGGCCACACUCAGACUGGAGGAGCUGGGAGCACAGAAAGACAAACUAUCUGAAGAGGUGAAGUCCCUGGCCUCUCGUCUGGAGCAGGAGACCCACAGCCUCUCUCUGUCCCAGGCUGAGCUGAAGAUGCAGCAGCAGCAGGUCAGCGUGCUCAGCUCCUCGGAGAAGCAGCUCAAACAGGACCUCAACCACCUGCUGGAGCUCAAGAGCGCCCUCGACAGGAGCACACAGGAACUGCGACGGGAGAAGCAGGAGGCGGAUGGGCUGCUGAAGGAGCUCAAGGACCAGCUGGAGGCAGAGACCUACUUCACUACUCUGUACAAGACUCAGAUUCGUGAACUGAAGGAGGAGCGGGAGGAGAGGAACCGUCUGUUUGAGGAGUUGCAGCGGAGGACCACACAGUACCAGGACGAGCGGGAGUCUCUGGCGUCGCAGUUGGAGGCCAGUCUGACUAAAGCUGACUCUGAGCAGCUGGCUCGCUCCAUCGCAGAGGAGCAGUACUCCGACCUGGAGAAGGAGAAGAUCAUGAAGGAGCUGGAGAUCAAAGACAUGAUGGCCCGAUAUAAGCAGGAGCUGAGCGACAAGGAGCACACCAUCAGUGCUUUGGAGGAGUCAAACCGCAGACUGACCGAGGACGUGGCAAACCUGGCAGGAGAGAAAGAGGAGCUGAACGACCAGCUGAAAGAGCUGCAUACGAAACUGCAAAAGAUGAAGGAGGCGGAGAAGUUGCACAGCGAGCUCAAAGUCUCGUAUGAGAAACAGCUGCAAAACGAGAGGACACUGAAGAUCCAGGCGGUGAAUAAACUGGCAGAAGUGAUGAACCGCAGAGAGACGGUGAGCCGGGGCCAGCGUGGCUCAGACACCACUGUUCACCGCAGAGAGAAGGAGAACCGCAAACUACAGCUGGAGCUCCGCGCUGAGAAAGAGAAACUCAACAGCACCAUCAUCAAGUACCAGCGAGAGCUGAACGACAUGCAGGGGGUCCUUGCAGAGGAGUCAGCGGUGCGCCUGGAGAUGCAGAUGGCUCUGGACUCUAAGGACAGUGACAUAGAACAGCUCCGGUGCCAGAUCACAUCCCUCAGUGUGCACUCGAUGGACUCCACCAGCAGCAGCACUGACCUAGACACCACCGCAGACGGAUACCCAGUGCGCAUCACUCAGUCCCAUACGUCCGAGUCCAUGUUCAUGUACAAGCGCACACACAAGUCUGUGCGCAUAGACACAAGGCCGGACUUGCGGCCCCGCCCCCUUCUUCACACCUCCUCCACAUCAAGCUGUGAUGAUGAUGAUGAGGAUUAUGAUGAUGAUGAUGGGAUGCAGCGCCCCCUAGCUUUAACUCACCGCCAGGCCCCCCGUCUGCCUGUCGAAGACACAGACUCCAGACUGGAGGGCUGGAUGUCACUGCCCAAUAAGAACACCAAGCGUUAUGGCUGGGACAAGCAGUACGUGGUGGUGAGCAGUAAGAAGAUAUUGUUCUACCACAGUGUGGAGGACCGCGAGCAGGCCAACCCCUACAUGACCCUGGACAUCGAUAAACUGUUCCAUGUGCGGCCUGUCACUCAGACCGAUGUGUACCGCGCCGACGCCAGAGAAAUACCACGAAUAUUCCAGAUCCUCUACGCUAACGAAGGCGAGAGUAAGCGUGACCAGGAGACGUGUGUGGAGCCGGUGGCCUUCAGCGAGCGGCCAUCUUAUAUCAGUCACAAAGGGCACGAGUUUAUCCCCACGCUGUACCACUUUCCCGCCAGCUGUGAGGCCUGUGCCCGCCCUCUGUGGCACAUGUUUAAGCCGCCACCCGCUCUGGAGUGCCGCCGCUGCCACUUCAAGUGCCACAAGGACCAUAUGAGCAGCAAGGAGGAGGGCAUCCCCCCCUGCAAAGUGAACUACGACAUGUCCACAGCCAAAGAGCUCCUCUUGCUGGCCAGCUCUUCGGAGGAGCAGGCCCGCUGGGUCAGCCAUUUGCUCAAGAGGUUGCCCCGCAAACAGACCACCCUGAGCUCUCCCCCCACGGCUCUGCCUCCCUCAGCCUUACCCUUUACGCCGGAGCUCCACCACAGGGCUAGCCCCAGAGCCAGUCCCAGAGCUAGUCCCAAAGCUAGUCCCAGGGCAUCUCCGCGCAUGUCUCAUCGAGGAGCAAUAAAAGUCCAGGCCAGGACCAUGCAGCAGCAGGAGAGCUCGGGAAAAACCAGAGUGCUGCAGUUUGGCCUGCCCGGCUGGACCUGGGCUCUGCAGGACGGCCAUGAGGAUGAGGAUGAUGAUGACGACGAUUUCUUCUAA